GCUGGCUGUGGGGGGGGCGGCCAAAAUGGAGGCGGUGAGCCGAGCCGGGGCCGAGAUGAGCCUGGCGGCGCUGCGGCGCCACGACCCCUACAUCACCAGCAUCGCCGACCUCACGGGCCAGGUCGCGCUUUACACCUUCAGCCCCGAGGCCAACCAAUGGGAGAAAACUGACAUAGAAGGGACCUUAUUUGUAUACAGAAGGUCAGCUUCACCUUUCCACGGUUUCACGAUCGUGAAUCGGCUGAAUAUGACGAACCUCGUGGAACCUGUGAACAAAGAUUUGGAAUUCCAGCUCCAUGAACCGUUUCUUCUCUAUAGAAAUGCCAGCCUGUCAAUUUACAGUAUCUGGUUUUAUGACAAGAAUGACUGUCACCGCAUAGCCAAACUCAUGGCCAAAGUGGUGGAGCAGGAAACCCAGAGGUGCCAGCAGGCUGCUAGUGACAGGCAGAGCCCCAGCCGAGCCAAUGGACACCGCGAAAAGAGACCCAUGGACAUCCUAGAGAUGCUGAGUAAAGCCAAGGAUGAGUAUGAGCGUAAUCAAAUUACGGACUCAACCAUCUCAAGCCCUGGGUUACAACCAAGUGCUCGCCUCACAAACCCUGGCAGUGCUGAGGAGACAUCAGAAGAGACGUCCCCGGGAUUACAAACACAGGAGAAGCCUGCCCCAUCGGGGCACAAGCACCUCACAGUGGAAGAAUUAUUCGGAACCUCGUUGCCAAAGGAACAGCCAACAAUCGUAUAUCCCAAUUCAGAAGGAGCCGAGAAGUUGCCAGCUGACGCCUCCCCCAAAGAGUAUGACUUGUUCUCGCCGUUUUCUUUUGAGUCAUCAAGAGGAGCACAUCAGCCAGAAAAUCCCCUCGUCCAGCCCAGCAGCCCCAGCGUGGGGCAGCAGGAGACUCCUGCCCCCCUGGCCCCACCUGACAGGAAGAUCUCAUCAAGCUGCGCGGUCCCCAGGAGUCCCAUCGUGAAGGCAGCUCCAGCAGCUGAGGUCUCUGGCUCCCCGACCAUGAAAAAGCCUGCCCAGCAGCGGUCUUCUCUUCUCACCCAGCCGGCACCUGAGCUGAGGCCCAAGGCCCGGAAUCUGAUUGCUGCCCAGAGCCCCUUGGUGGCCCCGCUGAGUGGCACAGGCCCAGGGGGCACCUCAAGUGCCAGCCUUCUGCACAAGCUCCAACUGACACCACAGCCAUCGGCACUCCCCAAGAACCCCAUCGCACCCCACUUUGCCUCGUCAGCGAGCCAGCUCGCAACCCCUGAGAGCUUCAGAGAGCCUCACACCAGAAGAAGAGGGGCCACAGCCACGCUCGGCAUUGCUGGGAGGCCUUCCCUGAAGGUUUCGUCAUCCAAGUUCAUUACGUCAACAACAUCAGCGUCUUCUUCUGUCCUUUUGUCGCCCAGUGUUUUCCAGCAGUCUGCGACAAAACCCCCAGACCUAGAGAAGAAAGCUGGUUCCCCUUCUCGGGCAGGCGGGGCCUCAGAACAUCCGACAAAACCUCCUUUGAUUCUCAGCCGGUCUCAGCUCCAGGACACAUUAAUACAUCUAAUCAAGAACGAUGCCAGCUUUCUCAGCACGCUUCACGAAGUCUAUUUGCAAGUCCUGACCAAGAACAUAAAUAACCUGCAGCUCUAAUGACCUGAGCUGAAGCCACCGGGCACUCUGUGUGAGGGGAUGGAUGUCUGCUUAGAAACAAACGCACCUCAUUGAUGGAACUGGUAUGAGAGGUUUCAUUUUUAAAGAAGCAGCGCUUCAUCUGGAAAGUCCUGAAAUCGAGCCUAUGAGAGAGAGAAAGAGAGACUUGUUCUUAAAGAAUAUUUUUAAGGUUAUGUUCUCAGAAAUGAUGGAGAUUUCACUGUGAAGCAUCACCAGCAGCCCUUUAUUUUAGUGGGAAACACAAAGACCAUUUAUGGAAAAUUGUGUGGGCCUUUUCAUCAGCAUCAAGCAUGUGUGGCACACCAGGAUGGAGAUGUGUGCUCCCCCACCUCCCCCCCCCAUUCAGAAGACAUACGGGGUGGGGCUAGUCCUUGCUCGCUCUGGAGUGAGCCUGGGAAGUAAAGUGCUCCUCCCGGGGACCUCAUACAGUGCUCCACCUUGCAAAGACCAUUUGCUUCCAAAAGGGAGUCGCCUUUAGCCUCCUUCUCCUAAGAUUUGACCUGCUAGUGAAACUCGGAUAAGAUGGAAAUUUUGUAAUGCAGAAUAGCUUCCGGUUUGUUGGUCCCACCUAAGCUGAAGAUGUAUUUAUGACUCUUGUUCAACUGCAAGGUUAUUGGAUAAGAAUGGUAUCACUGGGCCUUAAGGUCCUGAAAUUUCAUGGUAACAAUUUAUUAUUUUUUAAUUGUUUUCCUAAUACUGACCAGACCAUAACAAAUCUGGCUGCUGGUGUGAGAAUUACCCUUUGGUUUUCAUAUUUUACUUAGGUUCCACUUUUACUUAAUUGGCCAGUUGGCUGAGCCAAAAUCCUAUUAGGCUUAAAAACAUUUUUUUAACUGCCAGGUGGUUUUAAAGGAGAUAUCAAGUUUCUUUUUAUACAUGAAAACUACUACUAAGUGUAACCUCAUUGUCCUUUUCUAUCUAAGCAUGAGUUCAAAACAAUUUAGAUCCCUCUUCUUAACUAUAAGGAAAAAACCAACCAUUGAACCAAUACAACAUGACCCCUGGGGUCCGACUGUUCCUCACACCUUUGACUUAAUAGGAAUAAAGCUAUGCAGGAAAGGGAGCAGGGACACACCCAUCAUGCCAUGUCGGAGUGAAAUGCCGAGUUCGGCACGAGCGGAUGGAUGAAGUUCUGAGCCUGGCCGGUGGACUUGCUGCCCCUAUGGGCGCCCUCCAGCCCAGGUAUCCAGAUGGCGUGUAAAGGCACCUUGGGUGCUGCUCUCACUCCUUCGUGUGGCUUGUGUCUGUUCCCAUAGGGCAUGUGACCUCGUAAUGUAGAUUCCCAUUGCUUUCAGCAAUAGUCAUUUUACAGUCGACUUUGGAAUCAGUGUCUUGGUUUACACGAGACAGUUCUUUUGUCGUUUGUAACCACGUAAGAUGCACAGCUCACUUUUCCGAGCACGGUCCUAAUGACUUCAGGGUGAGAAGCCCACCUAGUUCCGGCUGCCAUCCGGAAGACGCUGUGGGUAACACUGGGAAACUCCAGAUUGUUCUUGGAAACGCGCUGGUGAGCUUUCAAGGCAACUCAGUCAUCGGUUUUUCUAGCAGAGUUUUCUGUAGGUGACAUAUAUUAAGUAUAUUAAAUAACUUUAGCUUGGCCUUCAUUUCUCUGCAUGAAAGGACUUGGUUUUAUUGGCUUUGCUUUAUUUAAUGAGCUUCCAGCUUUGCCUGUCCUGGUCCUGAGUCUUGCUGAUGACCCUGGGCUGAAUUCAGGGAGGGAGACAAGGGAGAGUGCCCACUCUAACAGUACUUUGCCUUCCGAGACAGCGUAUACAUUUGACAGCCAAAAAUAAAUGAUUUGGGUCAGCCGAGAAAGAGAGAACAAGAGAAUCAUAAGUCUCAGGAUCCCGUGUCUGGUCCAGCAAAAUGGGGUGCUUUGGUAAGUUGACGGAUGAGGGUCUGAUCACAGUGCAGCCUGUGUUAUACUAUCAGACUGAUCAGCAAGCAGCUAGCGACUCGUAACAGAGGCCUAAAAUAAAAUGGCAUCUGGAGCCCAUUGGAAAGGCAGAGAGAAAUCUCUGGAGAGAACAUCUCUGACAAGUUUCUGUGAUUUGUUCCACAUGCUUACAUCUUUUAAAUAGCUAAUCCAAGGAAACCAGGUUUCCUUCAUGUGAAACAUUGAAAUUUUAAGUGCCCAAGCUGUGGAGAUUUUAAAGAGAUGAUUUAGUUUUAACCUCUAUAAUUACAUAUUAGAAUUAUUUAUAAUGCGUAAGCCAGGUCUACGCUGCCAUAUUCCCUGAAGUAAUUCAGGCAGGAGUCUCUGGAUAGGGCAGGCCAACCUCUCUGGGUAGUGGCUGUUGGUCAACCCUGCUUGAAAGCUGUAACUCAGUCGCCUUAUUACUUCCUCCAACUGAACUGUCCAGAACCUUGUGCCAGCUUGGGUCGCUUGUUUACAUUUUUGGCAGUGUUUUGGAUAAAUCCUCACAGGUUUAAAACCGAAGAUUGAACUGAGUGCUAUGAAGGCAAGUCUCGCGAAGGCAAGUCUCGCUCAGCUGUGUGAUCCUGGUCGAGCAGCCGCUGAACGAGCGUCCAAGGUGUGUCCUGCUGUCUAGCCUUCUCCAGUGCAGUCACCUCCCCAGACAGAUCACUCCCCUUUCCAGGGCAUCUCCAAUGAGCUUUGAGAACAGGAAAGCCUCCUUGGCCUUUGGGACAGACUCCCUUCUGCAAGGAGGGCUUCCCAGAGACUCAUUAGCAUCGUGAACAGGGAUGUAUUGUUUUCACUAAAAAGAGCUGAUUUGGAUUUUACUUAUUCCAAGAAUGCAGAAGCCAAGUUAGAAAGAGUUCUUUCCAAACAAAUUCUGUCUACCCAAGCACUUCAUGUUCUUCUCUCCAGUGAUAUUUUUUUAAAAAAGAAAGCCACAUUCAUCCUUCUACCAAAAAGCUAUUUUUAAACCUGCCGGUUUAUUUUUCUUUUCCCUGAAGAACCUAGUCCAGAUUUUUUUUUUCAUUUUACCAAGUGCAGAUAGUGGCUUCUGUGCUGCAGCUCACAGGGAAGACGGAGAGAUACAGGAGGCCUAAGGAAGUCAAAGCCACCCACUGGAAGGGGACCUUGGGAAAAGCUCUAGAGCAGGGCCGUGGUGAAGCCGCUUACCGCUUGAUUCGAGUUGUUUCACUGAACAAAGAAUGAAUAACUGGCUUCUUGCACAUUUGCUGCUGAGCAAACAUUUGCUUUAUGUUGACAUUUUAUUAUUCAAGGUUCCUUUGUGAGGCCAAUAAUGCCGCUUGGAUUAACAUAUUUAAAUAUUAAGGAAAGGUAUCAGGGCCUCAGACCUGUACUUAGGAUGAUCAGCCCUGGGGCCCAGAUCCUGGCCUGAUUUGUUUUUCCGCUUAAUUUAGGAAAAAUGUGUGCAAUAUAUUUCACCUCCAGUUUGUAUUUGACGUCAUCAAAACUGUUAAGAUGCGUUAUUCAUUUUUAAGUGAGACGAUAUCAUUUUCUUUUGGUCAUUCUAUUUGAUUGAUUCACCAGAAGUACAUUGGAAAUGGUUUCUGAUUUUUUUGUAUAUGUUACUGUUUAAUCUCUACUUCCCAUUCUUACGACAUGCUGUUCCAAACAUCAAGCAUUCAUGAAUGUAUACUGUGUGCUUCCCUUCUUAGGAAGUGGGCGUAAGAAUCUCUGGAAAUGGGUCUUUUCUUUUUGACAUCGAUACUGCAUCACUAACUUUUUUUAUUAUAUGAAUUUUCUACCAUCCAUGUGUGUUUGCAAAUAUUAAGUUAUUACAUGUUUUAAACUGAGCGUUUUUCAUCCUAAAUUUUGUAUGUUUGCAAGUAUAUUUUUUUAAUAAAAUUUCAAAACAAAGUUUUCUCACCUA